AUGGAAAAAGGCAAAUGCUUCGGCUUCUGUCUGCGCGCCAUCCACUUUAGGAGCGCCCGCGAGUGGAAGCAGUUCAUGAACCCGAAAGUAGACGGGACGAGGAUAAAAAAAAUUCGCAAUGUCAGCGAGAAUGACAUGAUACACAAACACCGGGUUCACAAGUACCCCUAUUUCAAGAUGAAAAAAAUUGGGCAAUACAGAAAGGUGGAAAUGAGUGACAAUCACCUCUUCAGCCGAGAUGUCGAAGUCGUAUAUGAUUACCGCUAUGCCGAUACAUUUGUAAAACUCAAGGAUAUCAUUUCGCAAAACCUGGAAGGAAUAACCAUCCGGGAGAGAUGCACUGAUGAUGCAUCCUUCGAAGUUUACGACUGCCUACGUAACAUAACCCUGAUAAAAAAAAAAAAUCAAGAGUUAGAAGCCGAAGGGCUCUUUCGCGAGAUGGUGCAGAAGAUGCAGAAAGACGUAUAA